AUGUUUAAACUACUUUCAGCUUUAUUUCUGUUCGGAUCAAUUUUGCUAUGGUAUUUUAUUGCUUCUGACAUUUGUAAUAUGAACAAAGCUGAAAAUAGAAAUUUCAACGUAUACUAUGAAAUUGAUAACUCGGAAAAUCCUUUUACAACAGUAAAUUCAGAUAAAUGUGAUUCUGAUAUUAUAUUUCUAGGGAUUUUACCUCAACUAAUUUUUAAAUCAGACCAUUCAGCAGCUUCGUUUUCGAUACAAGCAAAACCUGGAACUGGUAAAACACUAGUGAGAUGUCACUAUUAUAAAUAUUUAAAUUCAAGUGAAUAUUUCAAAAUAUUAAUACUAAACGCACAAAUAAAUGAAUAUCUCGAAAGAUUUGUCGCACGAAUGUCACCGAAUGGAGUAGCAUGUAUUACAUCUAAUUGCCUAGUUGGAUGGUCCGCAAAUGAAUUCGGUCAAUUACUUUUGUCUGUCUUAGUAACACAAUUGGUUGAUGGAUAUACAGAAAAUCCAUUUGAUAUUUCGAAUAUUUCACUGGACGAAAAAUUGAUUCAAUAG